AAUCAUAUUUUUACUUCUUUCUGUCAACAAAAGAGGAUGUCUACCAUCGGGAGUAAACUCACUUUGGCCGGCUCACGGUCUACCGGCACACCCGUCCGCACUCAAAAUGUUAUGGCAGCCAGUUCCAUCGCCAAUGUGGUCAAGAGUUCUCUCGGGCCGGUUGGGCUUGACAAGAUGCUUGUCGAUGAUGUCGGGGAUGUGACGGUAACCAAUGACGGAGCCACAAUCCUGAAGCUUUUGGAGGUGGAGCACCCUGCCGCAAAGGUUCUGGUCGAGUUGGCGCAGCUGCAGGAUGCCGAGGUUGGCGAUGGAACCACCUCUGUCGUCAUCAUCGCAGCUGAACUCUUGAAAAACGCUGACGAGCUGGUGCAGCAGAAGAUCCACCCCACCUCUGUCAUCUCAGGUUACAGACUGGCUUGCAAGGAGGCGUGUCGCUACAUCAAUGAAAACUUAUCCAUUGGCAUCGACGAAAUCGGCAAGAACUGCUUGAUUAAUGUUGCAAAGACGUCUAUGUCCAGCAAACUGAUUGGAGCUGAUUCCGAUUUUUUCUCUCAAAUGGUGGUGGACGCGGCAAUGGCUGUGCGUAUUAAUGAUAGCAAGGGAGGCUACCUGUGCCCCAUUAAAGCGGUCAAUAUUCUCAAAGCCCACGGACAGAGUGCGCGUGAAAGUAUGUUGGUGAAGGGGUACGCCCUCAACUGCACCGUCGCCUCUCAGGCCAUGACCAAGAGGAUAGCAAAUGCUAAAAUUGCUUGUCUCGACUUCUCUCUGCAAAAGGCUAAGAUGAAGCUUGGCAUUCAGGUUUUGGUGUCCGACCCUGAGAAGCUGGAAGCUAUCAGACAGAGAGAGUCUGACAUUACGAAGGAGAGGAUCCAGAAAAUUCUCGCCACCGGAGCUAACGUCAUACUAUGCACUGGAGGCAUUGAUGACUUGUGCCUAAAGUAUUUUGUAGAAGCCAACGCGAUGGCUGUGCGCCGGUGCAAAAAGGCUGAUCUGAAGAGGAUCGCUAAAGCGACUGGUGCUACUUUUGUCACUUCCCUCUCCAACUUGGAGGGCGAGGAGAGUUUCGAGGCUGCAUUCCUUGGCGAGGCUGCUGAAGUGAUGCAGGAGAGGAUCAGCGACGAUGAGUGCAUCCUCAUCAAGGGACCGAAGGCCCGCUCUGCCGCUUCACUGAUUCUGCGUGGCCCCAACGACUUCUAUCUGGACGAGAUGGAGAGGUCGGUGCAUGACGCGCUGUGCGUCGUCAAGCGAGUGGUGGAGAGCAAGCGGCUGGUGGCUGGAGGCGGCUGCGUUGAGGCGGCCCUCUCCAUCUAUCUGGAAAACUUUGCCACAUCCCUGAGCUCUAGGGAGCAGCUGGCCAUCGCCGAGUUUGCGCGUUCUCUGUUGGUCAUUCCGAAAACCCUGUCCGUCAACGCCGCCCAGGACGCCACCGACCUGGUCGCCAAGCUCAGAGCUUUCCACAAUUCCAGCCAGACCAAAGCCGAGCACGCUAGUUUCAAGUGGAUGGGCCUGGACUUGUACGAAGGCGUAGUAAAGAACAACCUGCAGGCCGGCGUGCUCGAGCCCGCAAUCUCGAAGGUGAAGUCUUUGAAGUUCGCCACCGAGGCGGCGAUCACCAUUCUCCGAAUCGACGACAUGAUUCGUCUCGAUCCCGAGAGAAAUGAAGGCAAGAGUUAUGGUGACGCGUGCAACGCCGGAGAGCUUGACGGCUAACUAUGAAACAUCCUCGGAUUAAUUACUUACUCGCUUUUUUAUUGCAAAAAUAUUAACAACCAACGAAAAGUACUACCAACAAUUGUUUGUUUUCUUAAGUCACUAAAUUUUGUUCCCGAGCUGAUGCAAGCACACUGAUUCUCAUUAAUUUCAUUUAAGUUAUUAAGAAAUCAAUAAUAAAAAGCUCUUCACUUGA